CUUCCACGGCAUUCCAGUCAUCUUUCGCCUUUCCCUCCUAUUCCGAUUCCACAAAGGAUACCAAUCACAUACGCAGAUUCGCCAACAUUCCCUCAAAACGCUCAUCUCCAUGGCCCAACAUCUUACCAGAGACCGGGAUGAAUCCGACGACGAUGCCCUUCUUGAAGCUUUGGAGAACGAAGACGAUUCAUCGUACCGCGCGCAUCGAAUCGAACAGCUCAACGCUGAGUUUACCGCCGCCCAGAACGAUGCGGCCCGCCGCACCGCUGCUCCUAUUGGAACAAUCGUUGAGGAUAGCCUCUAUCCUAUCCUAAGAACCGAUCAAAUACUUCUGGAUUUCACAACACAAACCCACCGAUGUGUCAUUCACUUCGCACACCCAGAUUUCGCGCGUUGCACCACCAUGGACGAGCACAUCCGGGCGCUGGCUUCUCAGCACCACGAAGUACGCUUUGCGCGGGUUGACGUGCGGGACACCCCGUUUGUUGUAGAAAAGCUCAAGAUUCGUGUCCUUCCCUGUGUCAUCGGUUUCAAGGAUGGGGUAGCGGUCGAACGUGUGGUGGGAUUCGAGGGCCUUGGAUCAGGUGGGCGCGAUGGGACAGACGCCUUCAGCACGGCAACGCUAGAGAAACGGCUGCUCUGGAAGGGAAUUCUCACCCAAGAGAAAAUAAAGGCCACGGGUGACACCUCAGACCAAUCUGAUGAAGACAGCGACAACGGCAACAGUCGGCGAGGGUAUGGAAGGCAACGGGCCAUCCGGACCGGUAACGUACAUCAACGCCGCCUUGCUGGUGGCGAGGAGGAUGAUGAUGAUGAUUGGGAUUAGCGUUGAAUUCGCCUACAAAUAUAGGGCCUGGGCGUAACGAUCAACGCAUGAUAACUAUGAGUUGAACGAAAGAAGCCUUUCCCACCCCAGAUAGCAUCAUGAUGUAAGCAAUGGGCCCUUGCAUGGUUACCAGAUUUGAGUAUACCCAACCAUGCACUGUGGUGUUGGGACGCCUAUGUCUGUGAGCAUAUGGUGAACAGCCGCAAGUUUCUGCGUCACGCACUAAGCCAUAGGGCCUUUUAUUUUCGCGUGAUCAAUCAAAUGAUGGUCAGCUCGUCUAUGGUUGUCGCUGCUAUAAGCAAAAAGUGCUUUCAUUUGGUGGCUCGAAACGUUGAAUCAAAUGAGCCACGUGUGAUUGGUGCAAAGUUCGUGUCGAAAAAAGGUUUUAGCCACCUACCUUAGAGAUUUGUGCAAGCUUCAUCAC